CCCCACGUGCGCGUGACGCGGGGCGGGGGCUGGUGGCGGCGGGGAGCGGCGGGGCCAUGCAGCCCCCGGCGGGCUCCCCCGGGCCCGGCGCCGCGGCGGGGGCCGAGCUGCUGCGGUGGCAGUGGCGGGAGGUGCAGGCGCCCUGCCUGGUGGCCGCCUGGAUCCUGGUGGCCAGCCUGGCCAAGAUCGUUUUCCACCUGUCAAGGAAGGUGACGUCCAUUGUCCCGGAGAGCUGCCUCCUCAUCCUGCUGGGGCUGGGCCUGGGGGGCAUUGUGUUGGCUGUGGCGAAGAAAGCCGAAUACCAGCUGGAGCCCAACAUGUUCUUCCUCUUCCUUUUGCCCCCGAUCGUCCUAGAUUCCGGCUACUUCAUGCCCAGCCGGCUGUUUUUCAACAACAUUGGUGCCAUCCUCACCUACGCAGUGGUGGGCACGCUCUGGAACUCCUUUGCUACCGGCGCUGCGCUCUGGGGGCUGCACCGAGCCGGGCUUAUGGCAGAUCCAGGCGUCGAAGCUGGGCUGAUGGAUUUCCUGCUCUUCGGCAGCCUCAUCUCAGCUGUGGAUCCUGUGGCAGUGCUGGCUGUCUUUGAAGAGGUCCAUGUAAACGAGACCCUCUUCAUCAUUGUGUUUGGCGAGUCUCUUCUGAAUGAUGCUGUCACUGUGGUUCUGUACAAGGUCUUCAACUCUUUUGUGGAGCUGGGCCCAGCACACAUCCGUGCCACGGACUAUGUGAAGGGAGUGGCCUCCUUCUUUCUGGUGAGCCUGGGUGGUACAGCUGUGGGGCUGCUUUUUGCCUUCCUCCUGGCCCUGAUCACGAGGUUCACCAAGCGUGUGCGCAUCAUCGAGCCGCUCUUCGUCUUCCUCCUGGCCUAUGUUGCAUACCUUGCUGCUGAGAUGGUCUCGCUUUCCUCCAUCCUGGCAGUCACUUUCUGUGGGAUCUGCUGCAAGAAGUACGUGGAAGCCAACAUAUCCCAGAAAUCCCGCACCACGGUCAAGUACACCAUGAAGACACUGGCCAGCAGCUCAGAGACCAUCAUCUUCAUGUUUCUGGGCAUCUCGGCUGUGGACACCUCUAAGUGGGCAUGGGACACAGCGCUGGUGCUGGGCACCUUGUUCUUUAUCCUACUCUUCAGAGCUGUGGGCGUUGUCCUUCAGACCUACGUGCUCAACCGCUUCCGCCUCAUCCCCCUGGACAGGAUUGACCAGGUGGUCAUGUCCUAUGGUGGCCUCCGUGGGGCUGUGGCCUUCGCCUUGGUCAUCCUGCUGGAUAGGGACAAAGUGAAAGCUAAGGACUACUUUGUGGCAACGACCAUCGUGGUUGUGUUCUUCACUGUCAUUGUGCAGCCAUGCACCCUCUCACCAUCCCAGUCUUUCCCUUGCCUUCUCCUGCCAUUCCAGGGCCUGACCAUCAAACCCCUGGUGAAGUGGCUGAAGGUGAAACGCAGUGACCACCACAAGCCCACACUGAACGAGGAGCUGCAUGAGCACGCCUUUGACCACAUCCUGGCAGCAGUGGAAGACAUUGUGGGGCAUCAUGGCUACCAUUACUGGCGGGACAAGUGGGAACAGUUUGACAAGAAGUACUUGAGCCAGCUCCUGAUGCGGAAAUCUGCCUACAGGCUGCGAGACGAGAUCUGGGAUGUUUACUACAAGCUGAACAUUCGUGAUGCUAUUAGCUUUGUUGAUCAGGGUGGCCACGUGCUCUCGGCUGCCAAGCUGGCGCUGCCCUCCAUGCCCAGCCGCACGUCCAUGUCAGAGUCGUCGGUCACAAACCUUCUGAGGGAAAGCGGAAGCGGUGCGUGCCUGGACCUGCAGGUGAUUGACACGGUGCGGAGCCGCCGGGACAAGGAGGACGCUGCCAUGCACCAUGUGCUGCGAGGGAGCCUCUACAAGCCCCGCCGGCGGUACAAGGCCAGCUACAGCCGUCACUUCAUCUCUCCAGAUAAACAAGAGCGCCAAGAUAAAGAAAUCUUCCGGCAGAACAUGAAAAGGCGGCUGGAGACCUUCAAAUCUACAAAGCACAACAUCUGCUCCUCCAAGAGCAAGGCCAGGCUGAAGGAAAAGGGCAGGAAAAAGAAGAACAUCUCUCUGACCAGUGAUGCACACAAUGGGAAGACACACAGAAACGUCCCCUGGCAGGAGGCAGCUCCUGUUCUGGUGAUGAUCAGCUCAGAGGAGGAGGAGAGUGAUAGCUCCGAGACGGAGAGAGAAGACGAUGAAGGGAUUGUGUUUGUUGCUCGAGCCACUGAUGAAGUCCUGCAGGGAAAGACAACUGCUGGCAGCCUGGAUGUUUGCCCCAGCCCCUGCAUCAUCCCGCCAUCACCCACCUUGGCAGAGAAGGAGCUGCCAUGGAAAGGAGACCAGGCUGAUCUGGCUGUUUACAUCUCCUCGGAGACCACCAAAAUUGUGCCAGUGGAUAUGAAGAAGGCGUGGAACCAAAGCAUCUCCUCCCUGGAGAGCAUCGCUUCCCCCCCAGGCAUUGAGAGUGGACCUCAGCACAGGAGAUUCGCCUGCCCUGUGCUGGAGGAGCAAUCCCAGUCUGCAAGCCAAGCGAUGCCAGAGCAGAGCUCCUGCUUCCAGUUCCCCAGCCACAUCUCUAAGAGCGGCCGGUCACAGAGUGACAGCAGCCCUGAUGGCACUGAGCAGCAGGAGCUGCAGCCUUUGAUGGCCACGGAGGAUCAGGGCAGGAUGCUGCCCAGCACAGAGCCCAAAUGGCUGAUGUUCAACAGAGCAAGCCACCUCUGAGGCAGACUGCAGAUGGGGAAGGGGCUGGGGGCUGCGAUGGGUUGUGACCCGCUGACCGCUCUGCUGUCUUGCAUUGUAAAGCUUGUCUGUGUCUCCAUAAACUCCAGGAGUGGCAGGAGAGCCCAGUACUGCUCCUGGAGCUGCCCUCCAGGAUGGGCUUUGCCCAUCAAUGUACUGAUGCACAGCUGGUUGAUAACUGGGCUUUUUGCUGCAACAGCAGGUACCAGCCCCCAUCCACCCAGAGAGGCACAGACCGCAAACCUCUUUCUUCCUCUCUUGGUCCCUACACAUCUUCACAGCGCUGGGAGGCCAUAGAUGUUCCUCCUAGGGCUGAGAACCCAACUGGACUCGAUCCCAUCGUGGCUGUGCUGCCCUGAGGUGUAAGGGUGCUGGCUUGCGGGUGUGGGAGCACAAGCUGAUCUCCAGCCUGGCUGUGAGCAGGAAACCUCUGGGGAGAGGGCUGGGAGUGGCAGCUAGUGCAGGAGAACCCAUCCAUACCCAGCAGCGCAGCCGUUGACUUCGGGGUGGCUACUGUGCUGGUUCCUCACAGCAUGCAUGGAGCUCAGCCAGGAGGCCAGAGAUGGGCUCCUUGCCAUGGCAGCUCUGUGUUCCCCAGGUUGUGGGGUACCGCAGAGGUAAGGCCAUCACCUUCUCAGGACUGGGAGCAGAGCUCCUGGGGUUUGGCUCCACUAGGAGCCAAACUAGUGAACCUGUACGCACAGGGACUCCUCUAGCAGCCAACCUGCUGUACCAGCCUCACGCCUGUUGUCUGGAUGUGUUCCCAAGAGCUGUGGUGUUCAGCUUUCUGGCUUUGCUAGGAGGCAGCUGCUCUGCACAGCAUCCUUGGCAUUCAUCCUGCCCGUGUCCCAGUCCCUCUAGUUGCUUGGGGCUCCAUCAACUGGCAGGGCUGGUCGUGGUGCAAGGAGUGGAUCAAGCAGCAGGUAUGAAUGUACAUAAGGAACAGGGGUGAUCUGCAAGAGCUGAGUGCAUCUUCAAAUGUCUGUCUGUACCUGCCUCCCAGCCACUCCUGAUCCCUCCUGAGAGGGUGGUGGGACGUGGUGGCAAUGGUCCACACAGUGAAUGAUUCCUGGUUUGUCCCCAAGGGCCAAGAAUUUCUCCCCAAGAACUGCUCAGCAUGCAAAAGCUCAGCACAGCAGCUGGCACUGGUGAUGCGGGAGGGCUGGGGAUGCUCUUCUUCGGGAAGAAUGGGCAUUUAAGCUGUUGAAGCUCCAAAGCAGGUAAAUAAUGGCCUGUUCCAGCUGUGCAGGUGUGCUGAGACAGCAGGUGUCAAGGGGACAUUUGGAUGCACUGGCAGAGUGAGCCCAAUGUGGGGCAAGCGAGCUGGUGGUACUUCCCAGUACUGUCAGCAAGGCUCAGGAAAUGUCAUUCUGCUCUGUACCUGUUCCACCAGAUGAGCAUGAGGUUUUUAAAAGGUUUUUAUAUAGUUUUGCAUUUCUGGUUUGCCUUAUUCUGGUUUUGAUUUCUGAUCUUGGGCCAUACUAAAUCUCUAGCUGGGUCAGUGUGUUCUGUAGCCAUGGGCACCACAAAUGACUCAAGACUUAAUAUCUUAUUUGCAAGAAUAUUGUUUUAAUGUGAAAAUAUAUGAAGAGUAUUUUGUAAUGUUCAAUAAAUCGGGC